UCUAUAAAGAUGGGUAUGAGAUUGUCACUGAAGACGGUGUUGAGGGACUGUGUUCUCAUGCUGUGUGGGACUGUCCUAGGAAUUCUCUUAGCCCAAGGAUUCAUGACCACCCACAGAGAUCAACCGAUUGCUCAUCUCACAAAGAGGGAGUACCCACUGGCUGCAAGUGUCAGCUUCACUCAAACUGAUUCACAGAAAUCCACAGAAAGACCAAAGACAAUUGCCCAAGAAUUGAAUGUAUCCACUCUCCAGCCACUUUACAUUGGUGUUGUUACAGCUCAGAAGUUGCUUUCCACCAGAGCAGCAGCUAUUAACCACACUUGGGGAGAAAAGGCACCCAAACUAGAGUUUUUCUCGUCAGUUGAUUACGCGGAUAGUACACUUGGUCUACCAGUAGUGUGUUUAGAUGGAGUUGACGACACCUAUCCUCCACAGAAGAAAGUGUUCCGAAUGCUCAAGUACAUGCAUGAUCACUACAUCAACGAGUACAACUGGUUUAUGCGUGCCAAUGAUGAUGUUUAUGUACGUGUGGAGCAUUUGAUGCACUUUCUCAGCGAACUUGAUCCAUCGAAGAUAUUGUACAUCGGGAAACCACAAGACCUGGAAAGAAUCAAAAUCAAGCCCCACGAGCACUAUUGUAUGGGGGGACCUGGGGUUAUUUUCAGUCGUGCCCUCCUGAUAAAACUUGCUCCUCAUUUGGAAGCUUGUCUAGAUGAAGUGGUGUCGUGGAAUGAAGAUUUGGAGGUGGGACGUUGCAUCAGUAGGAGACUUGGAGUGCAGUGCACAUGGAACUACGAGAUGGGUCAGCUCUUCAUGAAUGACUACUCUAAAGGAGAUAUAUUCAAGACACCAGACGUCUACGACAAUCAAAAACUACGUAACGCACUGACCGUCCACUCAUUCAAAGACCCAAAUAUGAUGCAUAGAAUUCACCAGUACUAUGUCGAAAUAGCAAUCAGUAAUUCAAUGUCAAGAACAAAAGAGCUGAAAAGGGACCUACAAAAGAUAUCCAAACUAACAAAAAGAAAACGAGCUUUUGCUUGA